GAAUUCUGAAACAUUAAAAAAUGCAUUGCAAACACAACUGUGGCACACAUAUAAUUAUGUCAUAAAAGGAAUUUUGUCGCACAAAAUGUGUGCCGCAGAAAGAACUCCAGUCAUGAAUAGCAUUGUGAAUAUAUCGCUGAUGACUAUGUACAAACAGAAGCUCAAUUGUCAACAGUUGACAGUGUGCCUGUUGAUGUCUUCACAGGGUGAGGUCAAGGGUGAGGUCAAGGCCACAAGGGCAUGGAAUAUGACUAAUGUAUGCACCCAGAGGGUAAUUCUCAAUGAAUGUUAUUAUUGUACAUUCAGAGCAGACUGAAGACUAAAGGCUUUUAUAAUCUAAUUGUCAUUCUGCAAUAUACAGAGGCAUUAAAAGUUGACAUUGUAAUCCCUGUCUUACAGAGCCAUAUGACAAUCAGUGUAUUAUCCAUUUUUAUGGUGCCAUUUUUACCAAAUUAUGGUGCUAUAUUAAUCAGAUUAUGGUGCUCUGUUUAAUUUUAUGGUGCUUUACCACCAGACUCUUAUAUCUACUUUUAUAAGUCACAUGACAAUUUUAUAUGGAU